UGAAAUGACGUGGACCAAUUAGAAGCGACAGCACUGGAAUUUCCUUAGCCUUCCAAUACAGAUUAUCCGCAUUCUUUAAAUAAUGGUGCAAAACUUUCAUUGAAUUCCAGUCUUUUAAAACGCUUGGUUUUCUCUGGUGCAGCCAUGCUGUGAAAUCUUCAGCUCGUAAUCAUGGAAUCUUUUAUAAAUGGAUUUCUCUUAAAGGGUGUUUAGAAGUUCAUGGAGAAGUAUCUCUAUUGAAAUCCUCGCUGCCCAAGUAAGAUAAGGUUGGAAGGUGAGUUGUUGGUGUGAUACAUGAUCAGAGGGAGAGAAGCAAAGGAAGCUAUGAACAUCCCAGGCAACCAGCACGUGCCCAUGGUACCAGGUGUACCUGACUUCUCCAACUACGUGCCCAACGUACCAGAUGUACCUAACUUCCCCGACCGCAUGCCCAUGGUACCAGGUGUACCUGACUUCUCCAACUACGUGCCCAACGUACCAGAUGUACCUAACUUCUCCGACCGCAUGCCCAAGGUACCAAUUGGACCUAUGAACUUCUCAGACGACAAGAACCUCUUGGACAUGCUCAAGGGCAAAUACAACAGACCAGCAUACAUCGUAGUGCUCUUGAUUACCAGCCUCGUUCUUGUAGCUGUUCUCAUCAUGUUCGGUUCAUACAGGCGUCAAUCUCACCAGAUGUUGCUCAAGGUGGCUCUAUUGGGUUCCUACUCUCUGCAUCUCUACAUCAUAUCAAACACCCUCGGUCUGAUGCAAUCGCCUCCCUAUAAAAUCGAACUAUAUGCUAUCUGGGCUGUGCUUUGGCUCCUCAUUUAUGAAACAGCGUCCUCUACACUCAGUAAACUGCGAGACACCCAAAAUGGAGUGAGCAAACUUUUGCAAGAUAUCUUUCUCUUAUAUUUAGUAUGUUGGGUGUAUUACGUGCAUCACAAUCAAAGCUGGUGGACCGGGCCACUCGCAUUGGUAUUGCUAUUCAGUGUUCUGAAGUGUGGUGUUAGGCUGAUACGAAGCGCCCUUACUUCCUUACACUUGUGUCAUUCAGUUAGCUUAGAAACGAGAACCAUACUGAUCACAGAUUUCAUGAGAUAUGAGGACAAACUAAGCAGCAAUGGUGAAGAAAUCGACCCAGUCAAUAUGCAAGGGUACAAGUACUUGGUCAAGGGAGAAGAAAGAUUAAAUAUGGAAAUGGCUCAUCCUCCCAACAAAAUGGAGAUCGAUGAUGGAGUCAUUACAAUUGAAAAGGUUUUUCAAUGUAAAGAGAAGCUAUUGAAGUCUGAUGGUGGUGACCCAAGUGGGCAUUUGAAAGACAUGUGCCUCUCGUUUGCCUUGUUCCGGAUGCUGAUGAGGAGAUUUCGGGGACACCCAUUGCACGAGUGCGGUCUACCAAAGACUUGGAAAUUUGUUCACCGUGGGUUACUUUCCAAGACCGAUAGGGAUCAUGAAAGAGCUUAUAGAGUCAUUGAAGUGGAGCUUUCAUUUCUCUACGAUUACUUCUACUCCAAUUAUCCUGUCAUUUUCAGUGAUCGAAUUUUAUUCUUAGGUGGGACUGUAAUAUAUAUGAUCAAAGAGAUUGUCAAAUUCAGCGCUGGUAUUUUGAUAGCAGAACAGCUUAUGAAGUUGAAUUCAAACUUUGAGAAGUACGACUCGAGACCUUUAUUCUGCAAGUCAAACCAGUUCAUGGCCAUGCCACCUAUACCCAUGCCCCCACCUAUGCAACGACAGAUGAAUGAUAUCCAAAAGAAUAUCGAUGAUAUGCAAAAAAGUAUCCAAGAUAGCAUCUGCGGCGAGAUAUUGUCAAAUCUACCUGGCAAAAACCAUGUUUUGGGUACCUUCGUUGUUAUAGGUUUGUUCUUCUUCCUUCAGAUUCUGCAGUUUCUCACCUUUGUGUUUUCGGAUUGGACAAAGGUAUCGUUGCUCUGCAAACAUGUACAGAAACCUUGUUGGCUAAGGAUUAAGAUCUUCAAAUGGGCAUCCGAGUUUAUUUGUCGACAUCAGUUCAUUAAAAUGAAGCCUUGGAGGAAGAAAAUAGGGCAGUACGAUCUUCUUUCUUCAUUCAAUUACAACCCUAUAUCAUUCUUCCUAUUUUGUGCCUGCGCUGACAUGACUAAACGAGGGCAGAAAGCCAGUGACUUCAUAGUAUUACAUCCAGACGUGAAAAGAGCCGUUCUCAAUCCUCUAUUGGUGGACGACCCUCAAUUAAUUAAAAACCGUCAAUUGACAAAUGGGUUCUCUUCAUUGCAGCGAAAUAAAGUAGAAGAUCUCUUUUGGGCUUGCGAACUCGAGACAAACACGCACACCAUCUUGGUUUGGCACAUCGCAACGACUCUUUGUGAGAUGGAGCACAGUCUCAAUUGUAAAGCUAUGGAUUCUGGUGAAGACGAUUCUUGUGAAGAAAAAAAAAAUCGCCGCAUCGCCACCAGCUUAUCUGGAUAUUGUGCCUACCUUGUAACUUCUGUUCCAGCACUGUUGCCUGAUCCUACAGAUACUACUGAAGCUGUAUUUGAUAAAACAAUAUUAGAAACCAGAGAACUACUUGAAGAAUGCGCAACCCCUGCCGACAGACACAAGAAGUUGAGGGAAAUCAACGACAGAUCAAAUAUAAUAAAAAUGGGUGCUAAUAUUGGAAAUCAACUGUUGUUGUUGUUUCCAGUCGAAAGCUCACGGUGGAAGUUGUUGGCAGAAUUUUGGGUGGAAUUGAUGUUAUUCCUUGCUCCAUCAGAUAACGCCAUGGCCCAUGCAGAAAACCUAGCGAAUGGUGGUGAAUUCAUCACACACUUAUGGGCAUUGCUCACUCACGCAGGUAUCAUCGAAAGGAACUCCUCUCCAGCAUGAUGAAGAAAACCAAAAUUCAGCUUCUUAGCGUCUUGAAGCGAAACCAAUUUCUGCUGCUUAGCCUGUUGAAGAGAAGCAGCCAUUCCAACAGGAUGCAAAACUAUCUUCCUAAGCCAAUGGAAACCGCACGUUAGAAUUUGGAAGACUCCCUAGGUUUUCUUUCUAUACAUAUCCUUCAUUCUCUUUGAGUUGUGUGAUCUCAUGCAUGCAAUUUAGUCUUGUCAUUAUGCAUACGGUUGUGGUCGUUCUGAAACUCUAUAAGCAUUGUGCCUUCAGUGUUGUACCAGAAACAUGUAAUAUUCUGUAUUAUUGUGGCUAUCGAUAUGUAUUUCAAAUAUUCCUCUA